GCGCAGCAUCAUCGAUGUCGUCGUCUACGGUCUUCAUCGCCGUCCAGUGCUGCCAAUGCUCCACCAUGCAGGUGAAGCAGAAGAAGAAGAGCAGCAACAAGUGGAACUGCGCGGUGUGCAACCAGAAGCAAUCGGUUCGGAAGGUGUUCGCUCAGGGUUUCAUGGCCAAGGACCUCCGCAAGUUCGUCCAGAGCUUCAAUAUGUCCCGGAAGCUCGUCGACGACGGAGAAUGGCUCCAAGCUGGAACCCUAGGUUCACUGUCGGAACAUCGCGAUGACGAGAUCGAGCUUCCGAUCAACCCGGAAAAGAAGAGAAGAAUCGAUUGGACUGCAUACCUUGACCAAGAGGAUCAUCAUAAUCUUACCAUCAAAGAAGCAGAACAAGAACAAGGAGGAGGAGAUGGUUUUGAGCCAGUGAUUGUGACUGAGUUGGAAAAUGUUAUGUUCAAGAAACGUAAGUCUGAUGAGAACUCAGAAGAAAGUGCCAAGCUUUUCAAAGAGCCAGUGUUCCGAAAUUCUCGAGAGAAGCUAAUGAAAGAUAAACAGCAAAAACCAUUGAUUGAAAGCAAUUCAACUAGGAGUUUAUCUAAUCCAAGGACUCAAAAUUGCAAACCACCAAUCAGCAAGACAAGCUCCAAAUGGAGUGAUUACAUAUUAGAUGAAGACAAUGACAACUUAGAACUUGGUUGGGAGAGAGCCAUCAACUUCAAGGACAACUUUAAGCCAUGUAGCAACAGCUUCUUACAAAAUAUGACUAACGAGGAAAGGGUGGAAGAUGAUAUUCACCCGGAUUUUAUGUGAAUUAUAUCGAAGUCCAUUAGGUUUCAUGUGUAUUAAUAAUUAGUAAAGUAAUUUUUGCAGGGAGGAAAAAUAUUAUUUUAGCAUCGGAAAAGGUAAAUGUCACAUGAUAUUUGUUCAAAAUUCAAAUUACAACCGCAAUUC